AUGGGUUCAGUGUCAGGUGGUGGAAGUAUGGACGUACCAGAUGUAGAGGCAGGUUCUGAAUCAAGAGCCUCUGAUGUUGAAUGCUUACCUCGCCGAACAUAUCUGAAGAGUAAUGGUGGAGGGAGACCCUUUUUCAAUAAAGGACAAAUUGGAACUACAAACAAUCACUUGAUUAAUCAUCGGAUAAUCAGAACCAGAACAGAUCCAUUUGUCAGCAACCCAACACCACAUUCACCUACCACUUCCGUCAACCAUGUCUUCCCUAUCCUUCCUCUCCCGUCCACCCUCCUCCACCCUCCUCCGCCACCACAACACCACCCUCACCACCACCACCCGCACCCACUUCCUCCCUCUCAACCCCCCAAACACCUCACCUUCAAAGCCUUCUCCUCCCCAUCCCCUAUCCAACCACUAACCCAAGACGACCUCAAAAAACUCGCCGCCGAUAAGGCGGUCGAGUACGUCCAAUCCGGCAUGGUCCUUGGCCUCGGUACAGGCUCCACCGCCGCCUUUGUGGUAUCGAAAAUCGGUGAAUUACUCGCCUCAGGCGAGCUAAAAGACAUCAUAGGCGUUCCCACAUCGAAACGGACCCAAGAACAAGCUGCAUUGCUCGGUAUCCCCUUAUCGGUCCUCGAUGAUCACCCGAAGCUCGACCUUGCAAUCGAUGGAGCAGAUGAAGUUGACCCUGAUCUUAACUUGGUUAAAGGCAGAGGUGGUGCACUCCUUAGGGAGAAGAUGGUUGAAGCAGCUUCGGAUAAGUUUGUAGUAGUUGUCGAUGACUCGAAGCUUGUUUCGGGCCUUGGUGGGAGCGGGUUGGCAAUGCCGGUUGAGGUUGUGCAGUUUUGUUGGAAGUAUAAUUUGAUCAGGCUGCAAGAGUUGUUUAAACAAGAAGGGUGUGAUGCAAAGUUGAGGUUGAGUGAUGAUGGGAAGCCUUAUGUUACUGAUAACAUGAACUACAUUGUGGAUUUGUAUUUCAAGACUGCGAUUAAGGACGCCUGGGCUGCCGGAAAAGAGAUUUCGGCUUUUGAAGGAGUGGUGGAGCAUGGGUUGUUUCUGGAUAUGACCACCGCGGUUAUCAUCGCCGGAAAAGAUGGUGUUAGUGUGAAGAGUAAGUGAGAUGUUGUUCAUGUGUUUAGUAACUGAAAGAUCAGAUGAAUGUGCGACAGUGUUGAGAUGUUUAUCUUUCUCAUGUAUUUAGAGGUUUAUGUCCCAAAUCAUUUUGACUUGUGUAUCCGAAAUUGUGUUUUUGAGGCAACGGUGUCAAAAACUUCUGUAA